AUGCAAUACAAUUCUAAAAAUAAAGAAUUCCGCAAACUUCCUCCAAAGGUUCAAGUUUCGCUGCCAACGUUCAGUCCAAAGAUAGUAAAUAUAGAUCAGUUUUGCGAGAUAUUUGGAUUCCUGACACCCUUACACAUUACAACAGAAGAAAAUGGUUACAAACUUAAAAAGUCGAAAUCAGAGACUCUUUCCAGAGAGUUGCUAGAGAAACCAGAGCUCAUCACUACUAUAAAAACUGGCUACGAAAAUCUCCUAAGUGUUACCUGUUUCGGUAACGAAGAAAUCUGGACAAGGGCAAAUAAGGACAUUGAUAUGAAAUGCUUUAAUAAUCACGGCUCAGUCUUGAAGAAAAUCAAGACCAAAUCAGGGGGACAGCCGAAUGAUAUUGCAUUGACAGAUGAUGGGGAUCUCGUGUACGCUGAUGGAAAGAAUGGACUGUGA